GCGGCACCAUCACCCCGCAGCACCUGCUCGCCAACCGGAAUGCGCUGCUCGCCGGAGGGAUACGACCCCAUCUUUACUGCCUCCCCAUCCUCAAGACGGAGGAGGCGGGACGCACGGACUCUGCGCCGCACGCGAUCGGCCGCAAGGAGACGGGGUGCGGAUGCGCGGGCAUCUUCAACGCCAACGCGGCGCUCGAGCUGCGGCGCGGGGGCUCUCGAGCUGUAUGCGGAGGCGUGUACGCGGACCAGUUGCCGCCGAGAGCGUUCGAGGAGGCGGGUGCCCUCGAGCACCUCGAGGCCUUCUGCUCGCUGCACGGCCCCGCCUUCUACGGCGUGCCCGCCAACGACGAGGUGGUGACGCUGCGCCGAGAGACGUGGAAGAUGGCCCACUCCCUCCCCCUCGGCAACGAGGAGGUGGUGCCCUUCCGCGCGGCGCAGCUCAUCAACUGGAGGAUGGAUGGCUGA